UGCGGUGGCACCUACUCAUUAUAGAAUACACUACCAAUACCAAACACCUAAAUUUCAUAUUCCCAAUCCAAACAAAUUGUAUAUUCUCUUGCACAUCAAUUUUCGUCCUAAAUUUUCUCUCCGUACAUCUCUCUCUUUCUCUCUCCCUCUUCCUCCGCCCUUCUGUCUCUCAAAUCAGCUGAAUUUUCGUCAGAGCAAACGGUAAUAGAACCUCAGCUUUUCGGAAAUCCCAAUUUUUUGGUUCUUGUUGUGAACAUCAGUUUGUUCGUUUUUUUCGCUAUUUUGAUGGGUCAAUGAGAAUCAGAUCCUCUUUUGAUUUCUGAACUAGGGCUUUUGGGUUCCCGGUGUUUUCCGCAUCGCGAGGCAGGGCAAAAGGGCGAGGCGCAGGAGAUUGAGGAUGGGCCUGCGCUGAUUUCGUUUCUUAUAUGUAACCCUAUAAAAAUAAUAAUAACUGAAGGCUUGGCGAUGUUGGCUUUGAAUCGCAGUGGGAUCAGUUUCGUCAACUGUUUCUUUCAUUUCGCUGAAUGGCAUCCUCUGGAAUAGCGAAGCUGAUCGGUCGUCUGAAGCGCGCUUCAGAAUUCCCUUCAGGCAUAAAAAGUUAUCAUUCAGACGUAAAAAAAGGUUCACUAUCAAGCUUGUUAACUACUUGUAUAUUGCAAAUUAUUGGGCGAGAGUUUUGGUAUUCUGAAGUUUUAUGAGGAAGAAUCUGAUUGAAGAAGUGGGAGAAAUGGGCUGCUGUGGUUGUUUUGGUUUCUCAUUUGCGAGGAAGCCCAGGAAGGCAAUGAGGUCAAGGGGGAUGGGUAAUCAUGCUGCGGAGGAGUUUUUGUUGGAUCAUGAUCUGGAAGAUGAGGAUGAUGGCCCUUUUAAUGGUGAUAUGUCUGAUACUGGGAAUGGGGAUGACUCUGAUUCCCGAAGCCCAAAAAACCGAUCCGAGGAGAUUUUCAUGUACCGGAUGCAGCAUGGAUUGAUAUGCAGGGAGUUCCCUGUUAAGGAAACCCACAGUCUUCUACGCUCUGAGGAUGUAAAUGGAAACAAAACUAUUAAUGAAUAUGUCCGUGAACGGAAGAUUGGUGCUGGCAGCUAUGGUAAAGUGGUUCUCUACCGAAGCCGCAUAGAUGGAAAACAUUAUGCGAUAAAGGCCUUUCACAAAUCUCAUUUGUUGAAGCUACGGGUCGCACCUUCCGAAACUGCAAUGACGGAUGUUUUGCGUGAGGUUUUAAUUAUGAAAGUAUUGAGCCAUCCUAAUAUAGUCAAUUUGGUUGAGGUUAUUGAUGACCCAACAACAGAUCACUUCUAUAUGGUUCUUGAAUAUGUGGAAGGCAAAUGGGUUUGUGAAGGGGCUGGUCCUCCAGGUGGUCUGGGAGAAAAUACAGCACGGAAGUAUUUACGCGAUGCGGUUUCUGGUUUGAUGUAUCUUCAUGCUCAUAAUGUUGUGCACGGAGAUAUCAAACCUGAUAACUUGCUAGUUACCGGUUCUGGCACAGUAAAGAUUGGUGAUUUCAGUGUCAGCCAGAUUUUUGAGGGUGAUAAUGAUGAGCUUCGUCGUUCUCCUGGAACUCCUGUGUUUACAGCACCUGAGUGCUGUUUAGGUGUAACCUAUCAUGGGAAAGCUGCGGACACUUGGGCUCUUGGGGUUACUUUAUAUUGUUUUGUUCUUGGGAAGUACCCAUUUUUGGGAGAGACCCUCCAGGAUACCUAUGACAAGAUCGUAAAUAACCCUUUGUUGCUACCUGAUGAGAUGAACCCUCUCUUGAAGGACCUACUCGAGGGACUUCUUUGCAAAGAUCCAAGACAAAGAAUGACUCUGGAGAGUGUUGCGCAGCAUGCUUGGGUCGUUGGAGAAGGGGGGCCAAUCCCUCAGUAUUUGUGUUGGUGCAAGCGGCAGAGAGGAGUGUCUGAAGGGAGUGGAACAGAUAUGCUCACUCAAUAAUAAUAAAAUAUCAGUAUUGUGCUGGCCAGGUCUUGUUUUUGUAUAGCUGUUAGGCUCUAGGACGUCCUCUCUUCGAUUCUAAUGAUUUUACAUGGAAAAACUGAGAUGUUAUACAAGAGUAUGCGUAGAAUGCAUUUGAGGAUAAACUGGCGGGAACCUAUAAGACUCGGUAUUUAGAUUGCAGAGAAGUAGGAGCGCCUAUGCUUGAUAGAACAUAUAUGGGAUGCUUUUGUUGUCGUAAAUUUCAAAUGCUUUUUCCUUUGUAACGGGAUUUCUCGAUGAUGUUAAAGAGUGUUUUUUUUUUCCCCUCCUAUA